UUACUUCUGUUUUCUUUCUUUUCGUUUUUAUUACUUUUUAUUUUCCUCCGCAUCCAAACACUGAAUUAGGGUUCAAUCGUUCUCGCAUUCAUUCGUCAAUGUCGAAAUUGUUUAGAAAGAUUGAAAUUGAGGGUUUUCCGAACAAGGCUUUUCCUCCUCUGGCUUCUAAAAAUUCGAACCUUUUAUAAUUUGAGUCAUGAAAACACUUUCAACUUUAAUGGCCAUGAAGUGAAAUUGAUUUUUCUAAGAAAAUGAAGGAAUUUGGGUUGAUGUAAUGUUGCAAUUUCAAGAGUAUGUAACAAGUUGUUUUUGUGUAGAGAUUUAUAACUGCAAGUUAGAACCUUUAUCCAUUAUGAAUUUUCUCUGUGGCGAAUUAGGGUUAAGAUCACUGUGAUAGUGUGCUCCCAGUAUUGAGGUACCAAUCAAUUUGGAGCAAGUGGUUUAUAGACCGGUAGAAUCAAGUGGUUUAGGUACGUAGAGAGAAGACCGGUAGAAUUUAUAGAGAAGACCGGUAGAAUUUAUACUAAGGAGAGUAUAUCAGAUGAUGAGAAGUCAAAUAAUUAAAGGAAGAGGAAGACUUAGAAAUAUUAUAAGGGAAGUUAUUAAGAAAAAUCUCAUGAUUAACGAUUUGGAAAGAAGUAUGGUUUUGGAUAGAACAUUAUAGAGAAAGUUGAUUCAUGAAGUGGACUCUAUUUAGUGGGAUAAGGCUUUAGUUGUUGUUGUAAGUUGUAUUCAGCUUAUUUUACGAAUGUUCUUCAAGGUAGCUUAUGCUUCCUUAAGUUGGAAUUUGUUUAUGGUCAGGUUGGCUGAAAGGAGGAUGCAUUGAGAACAAGUUUUUGAAGCUUGUUUGACAUUUUUUUGUACUAGCUAUGGAUCAAGUUAUGCAAGGUAAUGAAAUGGGGGAUGAUUCAUCGAUGAAUUUGGACAACUCUAGGGCUAAUUGGACUCCAUCUCAAGACCGGUAUUUUCUCGAGCUUUUGCUGUCCCAUGUUCACAGAGGCAACAAAACGGGCAAAGUGUUUACGAGAUUAGCCUGGGUAGACAUGACUGAACAAUUUAAUAACAAAUUUGGGUUCAAAUAUGAUAUGGAUGUGUUGAAGAAUCGUUACAAACGAUUCAAGAAACAAUACUAUGAAAUAAAAGCGAUGGUUAAUCAAAAUGGAUUCCAAUGGGAUGGGACACUGAACAUGGUCACAGCUAAUGAUAAAACAUGGGAAGAGUAUAUUAAGGCUCACCCUGAUGCUCAAGUUUUCAGAAAAAAAGUUGCUCCUUGCUAUAAUGAUCUAUGCAUAAUCUAUGGUCACGCAGUUGCUGAUGGGAGAUACAGCCUUUCAUGUUUUGACGAAGGUUUUGAAUAUGAAGAAAAUGCUUCAAAAGAACGGGAUGACCACACUAGCACCGGUAAAGGAGUGGAUGGUCAGACUCCCCUUACUCAUAGUCAAAGUAAAAUAGAUUGGUCUCCAAUGAUGGACCGAGUUUUUGUUGAACUUAUGUUGGACCAAGUGCGUAAAGGGAACAAGGUUGGUCGAACAUUCACGAGGCAAACAUGGGGAGACAUGGCAGAGUCAUUUAAUGAUAGAUUUGGAUGUCACUACGGUAAGGUUGUGUUGAAAAACCGUUUCAAUGUCCUAAGGAGGCAUUAUUCAUCUAUAAAUGACCUCCUUGGCAAAGAAGGUUUCAGUUGGGACAAGACACAACACAAGGUUGUGGCUGAUGACCAAGUUUGGCAAAAAUGCAUCAGGGUAAAUCACAAGUUCCGGCUUUACAGAAUUAAAAGCAUGCCUUUUUAUUCUGGCAUGUGCAUUGUAUGUCGCGAUGAAGCUCCUGUAGAUUGCAAGUCAAAUCUUGAAAAGAAAUCUUAUGUCGGUAAGAACUCUGUCGCAGACCCUAAUGCAUCAAUGCAUAUAGCUGGUGAAAAUGAUUUUACCGGAGAUACUCAGUCUCUCCCAUACGCAGCAUUGCAUACAGGUGAUGAAAGUUAUUUUACCAAAGUUACACAACCUCUCCCUGAUGCAGCAUUCCAUGUAGGUAGCGAAAAUAAUUUGACCGGGAUUACUAUUUCUCAGCCUCUCCCUUAUGCAACAUUACAUAUAGACGGGGAAAAUAAUUUGAUUAGAGAUACGUUGCCACGCCCUAACGCAACUUUGAAUCUAGGCAGCGGAAAUAAUUUUAUCAGAGAUACCAUUAUUCAGCCUUCCCAUACUGCAGCACUUCAUGUAGGUGGUGAAAAUAGUUUUAGCAGAGAUAACAUUACGCAGCCUCUCCCUGAUGAAACAUUGCAUAUCAGUGGUGAAAAUUAUUUUACUAGAGAUACCACUAUGCAGCCUCUCCAUAAUGCAACAUUGCAUAUCGGCGGUGAAAGUAAUUUUACCGCAGGAGCUCAGAGUCUCACUAAUGCAGAUAGCGAAGGCGGUGAAAGGAACUCUACCAGAAAAACUCAGCCUCUCGCCAAUGCAGAUAAUGAAGGUGGUGAAAGGAACUCUACCCGAAAAACUCAGCCUCCGACGAAUGCUGAUAAUGAAGGCGGUGAAAGGAACUCCACCAGAAUUACUCAGCCUCUGACGAAUGCAGAUAAUGAAGGAGGUGAAAGAAACUCUACCAGAAAAACUCAGCCUCUGACGGAUACAGAUAAUGAAGGUGAUGAAAGGAACUCUACCAGGAAAACUCAGCCUCUGACGAAUGCUGGUGAAAGGAACUCUACCAGAAAAACUCAGCCUCCGACAAAUGUAGAUAAAGAACCAUUGCUUACAAGUGUUGGAAAAAACGUUGCUGGUCAGAAAAAAAGACAUCAAACUAAAAUCUCCCCGGCAUUGAACGUGCCAAAGAAGGCAAGAAACAACUAUAACGAAGGCAUGUCGGUUGCCUUGAAACAUAUGGCAGUUGCAGUUACAUCAUUAACCAAAAAAACUAAGAGAGAAGAUAAUUUUUCUGUAGGCAAUGUUAUGACAGUGCUUCAGGCUAUACCGGACUUGGACGAGGAUCUGAUAUUAGACGCAUGUGAUUUUUUGGAAGAUGAAAAAAGAGCAAGGAUGUUUCUAGCGUUGGAUUCGAAUUUGAGAAAGAAAUGGUUAUUAAGAAAGCUUCGUUCAUAAUGAUUGCUCAAUUGUCUCCUCUUUGUUCAUCUUUAGUCACUAGUCAAAUCUGUUUGUUAAAUUUUGUUGAACUUCUUGUGUUCUACGAGACUUGGUUUUUGUUUAUCUUUUUGUCUGUUUUAUGUAUAUUUACGAGCAGUUUAAAAUAUUUUUAA